AGGAACGAAAUGUCAUAAAAUAUUGUCAACAAUAAAUAAAAUCAAAAACUUAAAAUUAUAUUUCAUCAUUUACUAAAUAAAAAAUGGAUUCUAUGGACACCAAACUGGAUUUAUUUCAAUCUCUAAAAGAUGAAGAAUCUGGUGAUGUUGCAUCAACUUCCCACAAAUCGAUUUCUGAAUUAGACAAUCUAAAGUUUGAAAAUAAAAACAAUCCAGAUGAAGUUAGCGAUGAUGAUUUUAUUGAGGAGACACAUCAGGAGAAUCAAAAUGAUGAUUCACAAGAACAUGGAUCAUCCGAUGAUAAAGGAGUUAAGAAAAAAAUUGAAAAACAAAAUCGGAAGGAAAUCGAGGAAGAAGAAAGAGAAAAAAUGCUAGUUUUAGUAUCAAACUUCACUGAAGAACAAUUAGAUCGGUAUGAAAUGUAUCGAAGAGCUGCUUUUCCGAAAGCACCGGUAAAGAGAUUAAUGCAAACAAUUACUGGAUGUUCUGUUUCACAAAAUGUUGUGAUUGCAAUGAGUGGAAUCGCGAAAGUGUUUGUUGGUGAAGUCGUAGAAGAAGCUCUUGAUGUUGCAGAAGGAUGGAAAGAAUCAGGACCACUGCAACCAAAACAUUUACGUGAAGCUGUGAGAAGAAUCAAAAGUGCCAACAUUAAAAAAAUGAAGCUUUUACUCGCUUGUGUCGUUCUUGUGAUUGUCAAUGUGGUCAAUGCUUGUGACGUUCUCAGUGAAGCCCAUCACGGUUGUAAAAUUGAAAAUUCCCAGUGCAUUUGUAGUUUCGGUUGCAAGUCUGAGUUUCGAUACACCACCAAGAAAGAAUGCACUGACGCAUUGAAGGGUCGUUCCAGUGAUAUUUGUUCAAGAGCGCCUUGCUUGAAUGGUGGAACAUGUAUUCAGAUUAGUUUUAUGCCCGGUUAUAAAUGUCGAUGUGAAGGCACGAGACAUCAUGGACCACGCUGCCAACGGCCAUGUCCGCGAACUGACGCACUAAGUUAUGGAAGCAUCCAAAACUUUCCACAUGAGUGCGUUGAAAUUUGAAUCAAUUGAUUAGAAAAUUAUCCGAGCAGCGAGCCUAUUAAGAAUGACCCGUUGAAGCGACUCUUUUAGACUCGUUUUCUUAUUUUAAGAUAAUCUUCGACUUUUUGUGUAUUCGUAAUAUGAUAAGAGAAAUAAUAUUAAUAAAAAAGAAAAGAAAAAUAAAUACAACUUUGAGAAUAAAUAUUUUAAUUCGCCCUGACGCCGUUAUCACAUCAUAC